AUGCAACGGGCGCAUGGGCAGCUGGAGGCCGCAGCGGCGACGCUGGGCCCGCCGCGCAAGGUGACCCUGAAAGACUUCCUUUUGGACCCAUUGGGUCCAACAGGAACUCUUUCAGGGUCAACCUUCGAGCCUCCCAUGGUGGAGUACACGGUGGAAGAGAGUGACGGCGUCCACCGUGCACGAGUGCCUUUGGCCGGAGUCUCGCACGCAGGUGCACCCGCAUCCUCCCAAGAGGAGGCAAGGCUGAGUGCCGCACUGGUGGCUUUGCGCUCGCUUCGAGCAAAGCAUCGCAAUGGGGAGAAGCAUGGACAUCAGGUCAAGCGGUUUGUUUCCGAAGGGCCUGUGCAACGGAAAGUGCACCGCCCAGUUGGGGGCGACAUCGUGAACAACUGCCUUCGUUUGGAGCUUCGGCGUCGAUCCACGGAGGGGACAACCGAGACCGUUGUCGUUUGCGCGAGCCUCGUAUCGUGGGGGGAUGAUGGGGAAUGGGAAUAUGGUGCGCAUGGGGAAGAGGACCAUGAUGAGGAGUCCGUCCUCAAACAUGGAGAUGGGCUCCGGCUGGUGGGCGGGUCCGGUGCAAACCACAUGGUGGCGUGCGAUACGGCGUUAUUCAUCGUCAACUUCAACACCUAUACUGGACUAUAG